GGCGAAUCGGCGAUGCUCGGCCAGCCAUACUUAUAAGUACAUGACAUUCCGGGUCCCGCUGAUCCAAGGUCUUGCAGGUCCUUGCUCAUGAAGCAGCUCGUUAGGGAGAACUAAUGAGGGAAAAUCGUCCAGCCGGGGAAGAGGCUUCAGUUACGUUGACAUGAUGUGGUUGUGUGCCAUGAGGUGUCUGGACCAAGAAAAUAGCAGAGUAGAAACGGCCGAAUAAUCCAGCAUGCGGACAACACCCAGUAGCGUCGGUGAAUUUAGACAUUUUCGGAGACGAUCACCAUCCACAUUGUAUGUCAUAUAAUGCAACGUGGUAUUCAUCGUCACGUCCACCGUGGCGGAGAUUCGGGCCAGAGUCCAAGGAUGUGAGCGAGUGCGGUAGAAAGACACCAGGUUUGGAUAGCAUAAAGCUCGUGUCCGCAAAUGAGGAGGGCGGGAUGGAUUCGGACAUUGGCCGGCGCACGAGAUACGCCGCACAGCCACCCAGACGCGUCUUUCUGGAACCUGCAUCAAGCUUGCAUGCUGCGUUCUUCCGCCGGCAAUGGAGUCCUCAAUCGCCAAGCAGUUGGUUGACAAGAUUUACGAGAAACGCAAAGCAGCAGCGCUCGAUCUCGAAAAACAGAUUCGAGAAUGUCAGCAGCAGAACGACCAUCGCAGGAUAAGCCAGAUUAUCGACCAAUUGGUGGAAAUGUUUAGCAACACCUCAAAUGCCUUGCAUAUGCGCAAUGGCGGGCUUAUUGGAUUGGCCGGCACGGCAAUAGCUCUCGGGGUCGACGUCGCGCCGUAUAUGGAGAAGUUCGUGCAUCCGCUACUCGACUGCUUUGUCGACACGGAGAACCGCAUCCGGUACUUUUCAGCCGAAUGUCUGUACAAUAUCGCCAAGGUGUCAAAGGGGGAGGUUUUGGUGUAUUUUAACGAGAUCUUCGAUGCUUUGAGCAAGCUUGCCGCCGACUCCGAACUGUCUGUGAAGAAUGGCGCUGAACUGCUUGAUCGGCUCCUCAAAGACAUCGUUGCCGAAUCCGCCUCCGUCUAUAUACCGCUAUACCCCGAAACCGAACGGGCUCGUGACGAAGCGCACGGCGUGCUUGUCCCGUACCCCGAUGGUGUGCUGCGGGGCAACGAGGAGGGCCUGCGCAAGGCGUUCUCCUUGGCCCAUUUCGUGCCCCUCCUGCGUGACCGAAUCUAUGUCGUCAGCCCAUUCACGCGAAGCUACCUCGUCUCCUGGAUCAAUGUUCUUGACUCGGUGCCUGAGCUGGAGUUCAUCGCGUACCUGCCGGAAUUCUUGGACGGCUUGUUGAAGUACCUCUCAGACCCCACUGAGGACGUCCGAGUCGCGACUGAAACAUUGCUGGCAGACUUCGUCCGGGAGAUCCGUGACGUCACCGUCGUUCGCAAACGUACAGAGGAGAAGGCAAAGUCUCUGCACGACAGCUCUUCCAUCAGGCAUUCGGAAUCUGGCGUCGAUGAGUCUCGGCUACCAGAUUUCAGCGUGGACCAGAGCGAGCGCGCGGUGUUCAUCGCGGAGAAUGACGGGAGCUCUGCAUACGGAGAUGACAUCGCACCCUUAAGAGAUGACGGGCCCAGUGAAGUUGAAUAUCGGGAUACUGGCGCUUGGAUUCCUGGCCAAGGAGUGCGAAUCGACUAUGAUGCUAUUAUUGAGAUCUUGAUACAACAACUGGAUGGUGAACACGACGAAAUUCAGCAAUCUACAGCGCUGCGAUGGCUUGCUGAAUUCCUGACCUUCACAAGCGAAGUCAUGGUCCCGUUCACACCCCGACUCAUCCCUGCCAUCCUGCCGAAUCUUGCCCAUCAUGUGACAAUGAUUCAGUCCGCUGCCCUGCAGACCAAUAAACUCUUGCUGAACGUUAUACAAGCCUUGCCGUCUCCCUCGGACCCUGCCCCCCGGCCAACAGCCACUGCCGUGCCCCGUCUUCCCGGAUCGCCAACACCCACAGGAACCUCCUCUCCAUCCAAACAGUCAUCGGUCGAUGUCGAUCUCCCGGCGGAUCACCCGACGAUCGUUCCCGUCAGGUCCCGAACCAAUCUCUCCGGCGUCGAUCAGCCUCGUUUGUCGGACAUGGGGCCACCUCCUUUGCCCAACGCGGGGACCACGAGUCGACCCCACUCUCCAGUUUCGUUCACGAGCCAAACGGGUCAGAACAGCAUCAACAUCCCGUAUGCAGCAUCGCCUGAGGAGGCGGAUCCGUUCGACUACCAGGCGACGGUAAAUGAGCUGACGAUCCAGUUCCUGAGCGAGUUUGAGGAGACGCGUGUUGCUGCGCUCAAGUGGUUGAUCAUGCUUCAUCAGAAGGCUCCGAGGAAGAUUCUUGCUAUGGACGACGGGACAUUCCCGGCGUUACUAAAGACCCUCUCAGAUAGCUCCGAAGAGGUCAUCAAACAUGAUCUGCAGCUGCUGGCUCAAAUCUCGUCCAGCUCUGAAGAGACCUACUUCAAAGCAUUCAUGAUGAAUCUGCUGGAGCUAUUCAGCACGGACCGGAGGCUGCUCGAGACCCGGGGCAGUCUGAUCAUUCGACAACUCUGUUUGAAUCUGAACACGGAGCGGAUCUAUCGGACGUUUGCAGAGAUAUUAGAGAAGGAGGAGGACCUUGAGUUUGCGAGCGUCAUCGUGCAGAAGCUGAAUCUUAUACUGAUUACAUCACCCGAAUUGUCCGAUUUCCGUAAACGACUAAAGAGUCUGGAGACUAGGCAAGACGGACAGGCGCUGUUUACCACACUGUACCGUUCUUGGUGCCACAACGCCGUCUCUGUCUUUUCACUCUGUCUUUUGGCACAGGCCUAUGAGCAUGCCUCAAAUCUGUUAUCUAUUUUGUCAGUCGUCCGUGUUGUGUUCCAGUCGCCGGCAACUGACACAGUCCGCAGUGCUGAUCUCGAGAUCACCGUUCCAAUGCUUGUGCAAGUGGAUAAACUCGUCCAGCUAAUAGAGUCGCCGGUUUUUACAUGCAAGUGUUCUACAGAAGAGGGAUGCAUACAAUCUGACACUUUUGUAGACAUCCGCCUGCAGCUGCUAGAGCCCGAACGCUAUCCUUAUCUCUUCAAGUGCCUGUACGGCCUGUUGAUGCUCUUGCCGCAGAGUUCUGCGUUUGUUUCCCUUCGCAAUCGGCUCAAUGCAGUCAAUUCGGCCGGAUUCCUUCACAUUGCACCAAAGUCGACGAUGUCAGCCAUAGCCUCGCGCUCGAAAAUCGGUGGGCGGGACGAAAUCAAGUGGCAGGAGUUGCUGCUGCACUUCCGGUCUGUGCAGUCGCGACACGAGAAGGCGCGGCGGCAAGCGAUGGGCGCCGACACCUCCAUGUUCUCCUCCACGCUCUCAGACUCGGAGAAAACCGACCGCGAAGAGCGCGUGGGCCGGUCGACGAGUGCGCGGCCUGGCACACGCCGGCGGGUGACUGGUGAGAUUGGGUCCUCGCCGAUGCCAGGACCGGGACCAGGACCGGGAUCAGCGCCCACGACGAGAGGCCCGGGUGCGCUUUCGCCGUUGAACCCACGGGCGAGAGGGUCGAUUGUUGGGAGCGGGAUUUUGUCGCCGCAAAGUCAGUCGUCAAUGCUGUCGCAGCAGAGCCAGAAGCCAAGGAGAGCGCCGAUUGGUUUGGGGAGGAAGACUUGAGUUCACUCUCCCGUUUGUCUUGGUUGAGGGUAGUUCUCCUAGUUUGUCGGCAUCAGCGAGCGUAGUGUGUUGAUUCGGCAAUGACGAUGUCGCUUGUCCUGACAUUUCUCAUUUGAACAUGUACUAUAUGUACGUCAGUCACUAAGGCUAAUUGUUCCCUGUUGUACGUAUAAACGCGCGCGAUGCCGAAGAACAGGAGCUUCGGGACCGAUUCAAGGGCACCCUCUCUUCUUCCUUCCCCCACGACUAUAGAGCCGUUAUUGAAGCCUCAGACCUCAUUCCGAAAUUACAGCGGAUCUCCGCUCUGAACACGGCUGGCUGCUUCCUAAAACAGCCAACAUAUCCGGCGCGGCCGUAUGUGUGUGUCCGAGAAUCUGGCUGCUCGACAGUGGCAGUGGCAAUAGCCUCGUGUUCACGCGCGCCUUCGAAUCGGGUCCUGUCUGGCAGUGAGCACGAAGUCGAGCUUACUCGGGAGGACUCGUUCCAACGUUGCUGGCGGCAUCAGUGACGAGUGUGUUCGGCGAGGAUCUUAUUUGGAGCGUGUACUAGUCGGAGAGAGGUUGGCUGGAGAUCUGCAGGUCUGGAUGGGCAGUUGGAUUCCAGCUUGCUGUCGUCUUGGAAUUUCGGACCGGACCUGAUGAGACGACUUUGGGGGGGAGACGCAAGCGAUCAGAUCUCAUUCCUCGACACGCGCCUGGCGUGGAUAUCCACCUCGGGCCGAACUCGCCGGGCCAGGUGGAGGAAAUGGGCUAUGACUUGUGCGCGGGCUGAGCGCUCAGCGCAACCAUGAACGAGCGAACGAACGCUCUUGCAACGCCGGAGAAGCGAUGCAUCGGGCGGCGGCUAUGCAAGGGAGACAAGUGCGGUCGCAGACUCCCGUCUACUUCUUCUUCCUCUUCCUUUCCCCUUCCCUCCCCCCCACCGAUCCGCCGCGAAUGUGGCUGGCCGCCUCCCUUUUUCCCACUCUCCUUCUCUUCUCUCUGCCAGUAUGCGCCAAAAUCACGGUCUACGGACAGAUUCCGCUGGGCAAGAUGACGACGACCACGGCGUCGGCGUCCGCCUCCGCCUCCGCGUCGUAUACGGGUCUCCCUGCGUUUGAUCCGACGACGCUCAUUGCGCCGCCCGUUCCCACGCCGGCACCCCCGACGUCAUUCUUCCAGCAGCUCAGCAGCGCGCCCGUGCCGGGGUUAUCGAUACCCCAGUCCGGGCACUUCAUGGGUUUCUCGGUCGAGUUCUCGGUCAUCAACCAAGUCUGUGCUCUCGCAGUACGCGGCUGAUGGUGCCGUUCCUCAAUCUCAUGGCGAACGUCCAAGCGCGCGCUGGGUCUGUGCGGAUCCGGGUCGGAGGAAACACGCAGGACUAUGCGGUGCUAGAGCCCAGUCUGCCCAGUGGAAAGAUGCUAGGGAAGGAAUCGCAGAUCUCGACCAAUCCUACGAAAACACCGAUACUUUUGUACACGCCGGAUGUGCUCUACAUGCUGGCCAAUGUCUCGUCGCUGGUGAACGUGGAAUGGUAUCUGGGUAUUCCACUGAACGAUACUACCAAUCUCCGCCUGCAGAUUGCCGAAGUCGGGGAGGCUAUUUUGGGCGACCGUCUCAUUACCUUCCAGGUUGGCAACGAGCCUGACCAAUAUGCGCUGCAUCAGCACCGGCCGCAAGGGUACGGCCCUGCUAACUACUCGGCGGAUUUCGGUGUGGUGGACACGGCCCUGCGUGCUGACUCGAAAGUGCCUGUCGUGAAUGGCAAGCUCAUGGGCCCCAGUCUGUCGGGGCAGUGGCAGCCGCAGUCGGUCUGGGACACGAACUUCAUCCAGGACUUCCAGCAGAGCUUGGGUGCUCUGUCCAUGUCUUUCUAUCCUGACAACAACUGUGCUGCCGAGUUUGGCGGGCCGUCUGCUCCGAACGCGAUUGUCCCUCAGGAUGUUUUCUCCGAUUAUCUGAAUCACACGUCCGGGCAGGCGAUUGCUGCGAACUACCUCACCAGCACUGCUCUGGCCCAAACCUUCAAACUGCCUUUUGUGAUGGUCGAGACUAAUACCGCCUCGUGCGGAGGAUUCCCUGGCAUCAGUGACUCGUUUGGGGCCAGUCUGUGGGCGGUGGACUAUGGUCUCCAACUGGCUUAUAGCAACUUUACGAAUGCCCUGUUGCAUGUUGGUGGUCAAGGGGUUUACUACAAUGUGCGUCUCCUCCCCUCCAACGAAUGAGACCGCCUUCCACUCAUGGACGAUCGGGGCAGUCUACUAUUCAGUUCUGGUCAUUGCUGAAGCGUUCGGCAAGUCGAACCAGUCGCAGAUCAUCGACCUGCAGACGAACAGCAACAACAUCUACACGCCUGCAUACGCGAUCUACGACGGCGGUGUUCUCGCCCGGUUGGCGCUGUUCAACUAUGUCUCGGAUCCGAGCGGGGCCAGCGACUACACCAUGUCCUUUGCCAUCGGGGGCGGCAGCACGGGGCAAGCGAACGGAACGCCUGCGCAGGUCAAAGUCAAAUAUCUUUUGGCGCCGUCGGUAUCGACACAAGACAACAUCACUUGGGCCGGCCAGACCUUCGGCUCGGCAUUUGCCUCGGACGGCCGCAUGCAAGGGACCGAGCAGGUGCAGACGGUGACCUGCAACGGGGACAACACCUGCAACAUCAAGGUCCCCGCGCCGGGCUUCGCGCUCGUGUUCCUGACGGACAUCGCGGCGGACCCCGCGUCGUACCAGACCGUGCAGACGUUCCCGACGACCGCGCUCACCAAGACGGUGAACACCGCCACGCUCAAUCCCACGGUCCUCGCGACGUCGAAUGGACAGGCCGGCGCGAACUUUAUGGAGGCGGGCACGAGCCGCGGCCGCAAGCCGAGUGGCGCCGGGCGGCUCCUCGUGCCGCAUUUGGUGGUCGUCGCGCUGUGUAUGGGGCUUGGGGCGGCGUUGGUGGUGCUGGGGUAGGGCGGAUGGACUUUGAUCUGAGCAUGGUACGGACUCUUUUUGAUAUAAUGCACUCUCUUCUGUAAUCUCACAUUGCUCUACUUACUAUUCGUAUGCUUGCUCGGAACGAGUCGUGUGAGCGACAUCCGACAACCUAUCAAAAUACUCUCCAGACUAUUACUCUGAUCGUGCGGCUCAUCGUUAGGAUAAAAAUGGUAAAUUUGAUUGCGUGACAUUGGAACGAGAAAGCAAUAUGUAGUAGUAGAGAGACAACGAGGACAACAUUAUAGUUUGCGCGCCUUAUUAAGUACACCCCAUCAAAGAACAAAAACAAGGCAAAAAAGCUGCGACAACUGCGGGCCAUCAAUCAGCUUGGGAGUCCACACAACACGAGCAGGAGAGGCUGGCACACACACCCGGAAAUGGAAGAAACAGAUGCGAAACGCAAGCCAGCAGCGCCGGACCGGACGGGCCGUCCUCCCUCCCUCCCAGACAGACAGACCCAACAGCAGCCAGUCACUGGCCUGCGUGCGGGAUUAGUAAUACACGGCGCCGUCCGGAGGGGGAGGAGGGGGAGGGUAGUAGCCGUUGUAGAAGAACUGGGACGGCACGUAGUUCCCAUACGCGUCGUACCCGCCCUGCGACGUCGGCGGAGGCGGCGGCUGCAUGCCGUCGAACGGCAGCUGGAAGUCCCCACCGGCGAGCGACGGCGAGGCCGAGUGCGACGGCACGAACGCCGACGCACUGGAGCGCAGUUUCCCGGCCGGAUCAGCCGCGGAAAGCGGCGAGAGCGGGUGCUUGGGCGCCCUCGGAUCGCGGAUCUCGAUGCGCGAGUUGCGAGGGAACGAGAACAGCGAUGGAUCCGGGCCGCCCAUGCUCAUGGACGGCGUGUGAUGGUGGUAGGACGCGUAAACCGGCACCUGCGGCUGGAGCAUGACGUGGCGACCGCUCGACAUCUCGUACGGCAUCCCGUUCACAUCCAGUGCAACACCCGGCGGUAAUGACGCGCUGAACCCAGGCGGAGUCCCAAACUGCGGCGGCGGCGGGGUUCCAAACUGCGGCGGCGGUGUGUGCGUUGCGAAGCCCGGCGGAGGCGUAGGCUGAGCAGCGGCAUAUCCGGCAUGGGGAGGAGGAGAUGCGUAAGCUGGCAUUGCAGGAAAUGCGAAUGAUGUCGGUGCAGCGAAAGGAUAGAAUCCUGGCGGAGCAACCAGCGCUGCAUGCGUUUGGGGGAUCGGAGCGGGUAGAGCCUGCGGCGGAAGUGAAGGCGGCGACGACAUAACUGCCAAUGCGAUCGCAGCAGCAGCAGCAUCCGGCCGCACCCACCCAUCCUCGUCUGGUUCCAGACCAGUUGUCGGCACCGGCUUCGAUGGCUCAACAGCAGGCGCAGAGACACCGGGUGCGUUGUCCCGGACUGAGGGUAAGCGCACAGCAUAGCCAUACUCCUCAUCCAAAGCAGCCGGCUUCGAGCGCGUGGACUUGACAGGCCGCGAAACGAGCCGAACUACCGUUGAAGACUUCCCUGGAAGAUGGACACGAAUUCCGGCGGACUGCCCAGGCCGUGGCUUGAGAGAAGGCUCAGAAUAGAGAAAAGCGUCAUGCUGCUUGGUCCACAUGUACUCCGGUUUCAUCGUGUACCAGAUGCGGCCGGGCACAGUGCGGUUCAACGGCACACCACGGCCGCGGAGUGCAGCAGCCCCCCGAGCGACCGGCACGUUUCCCCGGGAGCUGCCCCGCCUCGGGGCCGAAAAGUCUCCUCCCGACGUCGCAUCUCCUCGAAGCCAUCAUGCGUCCAAGCACGGUCCACAGGCGAGUUCGGCUGGGGCUCGGACUCGGGAGCGCUGAGUGCGGGGCGAUUGAAGGGCCCGCCUCUGCCCCGGAAGGCGAAUCCCCCCCUUGCGCGCCCGCGGGUCUGCCAACGCCCUCGCCACCAUCCACUCAGACUGCGGAGAUCUUUGUCGAGGAGACGAUCGUCGUGGCCCCAGAAUUCACCCACGACCGGGACGAACGACGGAUCGCUCUCGAGGCGGGACUGGUAUGCCUGUCGGGCAGUCUGGCCGGCGGCUCUGCUUACGAAAGGACCUCGGGAGCCGGGGGACGGCCGCGACGAGGACGCAACAGGCUGCUCACCAUCCUCGUCGUCACGGUCCUCCUCAGCCCCCUGCUCAGGCUCCUGUUUGUCGGCGUCUUUCCCACGAUCGUCCUGGACCUUGCGGAUGGCCGACUCAUCGAGCUCCCCAAAAGAUAUGACCGGCAGCCCCUCGGUAUCCUCGACCAUGUCCGCCCAUGCGGUUGAGGUCCCAGAGAAGAACGGCGCUGUGGGUUUUUCGUCUGCGCCGGGGCUGUGGGAGGUGUUGGGGCUGUGGUGGUGGGAUGCGGAGCCGUCAUCAUCAUCCGAGUCAGAAUCGGUCGAGGAGCCGUGCGUCGAGUCGUCCUCCGAAUCGCUCGGCGCUGCCCGCACGACAUCAUCAUCCUCGUCAAGAUCUGCGUGGCCGGUUCGUCGUCCUCGGGGUCUGCGUCUUGCGGGCAUCGAGGUUGUGGUCAAGAGUGG